UCUAUGGUUGCUGCUUGUUUUGUUUGCUUCUCUUCACCUCACCUCUAGAAUUACCGGUUGUAUUGUGAUAGGUAUUUUUUCUCAAUUUGCCUACAAAGUAUUUGCUGUAUAAAAAAUUCUAGUGUCUAAUAAAAUGGAGAUCACAAAACACAACUUCAACGAUCAAAUUGAGACCAUCACCGAACAAAUAUUAGAUUCAUGUUUCAUAGGAUUUGAUGCUGAAUUCAGCAACUUAUUGACUGGAAAGAAGUUCAAAAACAGGUUGUUUGACACAAAUGAAGACCGGUACAAUCUACUUAAAAAUCAUGUAGGGGAUAUUAUGAUUACACAAAUAGGACUUACAUUAUUCAAAUUUAACACCUUCGCUGAAUCAUAUGUGGCACACACAUAUACAUUCCAUCUGUGUCCACAAACAUUAGGGGACAUUGAUCAAUCUUGCAAAUUCCAGGCAUCUACUUUGAAGUUCCUGUGUAGGCAUAACUUUAAUUAUAAUAAGUUUCUAUAUGAGGGAAUUCCAUAUCUCAGCAAAGUGGAGUUGGAAAUGCUGGAACAAAAACUAUCGGAUGAUACACUAUUUAGUUACAUAAAACAGGGGCUGGAUGAUGCAGAAAUGAGACUUAUCCAAAGCUACUGCUCAGCUAUUACACAUUGGUUCCUCCACACCAAUGAAGACUCCAUAUGCUUAGAUGUGCAAAAUCCACUAAUGCGUUACAUUAUGCACUUGGAAUUCAGGGAACGGUACCCUGAACUGCUCACAGCCAAUAUCUUAGGCGAUGACAAUAAGAUAAUGGUAUACAGAUAUGAAAUAGAAGGAGCCGAAAAUACACCGAAGGAAAAAAUAGAAAAUGAUUUCAUGGCAUAUAUAACAGGGUUUUCAAAAAUAAUCUGUCUGAUAAAAACUGAACUCAAACCUGUCAUCGGUCAUAACAUGUUUAUGGAUACGGUGCUACUACACAAUCAAUUUAUCGGGCCAUUGCCACAAAAAUAUACGGUUUUCAAAAAGAAUGUAUCUGAAGUCUUUCCGGUGUUGUUUGAUACAAAAUACAUUUCAUAUGUAAUGAAGGCGAAAUUGACAAAAGAUGAGCAAUGGCAAUCUAAUUCAUUGCAAGAUUUGUACGAAUUCUUCUCUAAAGGCCAAUGUAAGAAGUUGGAGUUAGGCAUAAACAGCAUAAAACUGGGCACUGAGUUUGGCCCAAAGCAGACUUACCACGAGGCUGGCUGGGACUCCUACUGCGCUGGUUACUGUUUCCUCCGGCUGGGGCACUGGGCCCACGGUGAGAGCAUGGGCUUGUAUCGGCUGACAUCGCCCAUAGAGAAGCUCUCCAGUCUAUUACAAUUUCGCAAUAAGAUCAACGUCAUUCGUGGCGCCAUGUCUCAUAUGAACUUAGCCGAACCAGACCCAGCUGUUGGCAGACCCAAAAUCCUAUACUUGAUGCCUCAGAAGACACGUGAAAUUGAUUUCAAUCAGGUGGUGUAUGAUCUGACGGAUAUAGGAGAAGUGGACAUCAAGCCUUAUGGAAAAAAAGCGUGCCUGGUGGCCGCCCAAACACACCACAUUGCCAACAGAAUACUACAGCAUUAUUCCUUUUUCAAAGAUUACAAGAUCACAUAUUUUAAUGCCUUCCGACAUUCGCCACUGAGCAAAUUUGCAUUUUGGGGUAGUGCGCUAAUCACUGCACUGUAUUUGCUGCAGAAGAAAAUUUAAUAAGUAUUUUUGUAUAGAUUACGACCAAAAAAUAACUACAGAGAAAUAGUGGAAUUUGACAUUGUUGUGGCAACACCCAACGAAACAUUGACAGUAGGCAACAAUCGUAAUGUCCUUUAUUUUUCUGGUUGUUUAAGUACUUGCAUAAUCUAUAGGUAUGAAAGAAAUUAUACAUAAAUUACUUACGCCAACCUCAAAUCCAUUUAGUGAGAUUUUCACAUCAAAUUAUUGCUGGUUUAUUCGCCCUUUGUUAGUUUACGUCCUAUAAUGUUAUUUUUGUUGUUGUAAUAAUAUUUAACCAAUACUCAUACGGCGCGGGAAACGCCAAGAGGAUAAAUAAAUAUUAUUUUAUUAUUUCACAGCUUGAGCUAGCCCCAAUGUUAGUUCAAGACUUGUGUUAUUGAAUACUUUUAUAAUUGGCAAAGUAAACUUUUUUGUAACAUAUGACACUUGUACCAAUUUUCUCAGUGAUUUAAAAAUAUUUUCAUUAAAAAGUAAAUUAUUUGUGUCGCCGUCCGCAUGACGUCAUAUUCCGAGCAGAUUUUUGUUACUGCGUAUUCUUACGAUACAGCUACUCAUUAAUUUAAGUAAUAAGAAAACCUAAAUUAAACAAUAUCAUAAUGUUAAGUAUGUAAAUUAAUGAGUAGUUAACGGUAAUAUAACAUAAAGCAAUGACCUGCUAAGAAAAUGACAACACGAUAAGAAAACCAAAAAAAAAUUACUUAUGAAAAUCUUCAUAAAUCACUGAAAAAACAUGAAUUGUUCAAAUACAAUUUUACAUUCCAUAAUGGAAAAUAAGUACCUUAAUGAAAAUUUUACUUAGCUAAUAGUAUAGUACAUUUAAGUUGAUAUUAACCGAUUAUCUACCUCCAAAGUUCCAUUAGCAUUUAACGAGUGUACCGUAAAUCAAUUUGAGAUAUCAAGUGCCAUCAAGUUAUUAGUUCAAUAAGCAGCAAUUGUUUUAACUUAAAUAAGUCAACCUUCUUUUAAACCUUUAAGAAGAAAUAUUGUCGACCACGACGCCAUUAUUUUCUUACGUUUUUACAUCAACUGGAUAUGUUUAGUAUUUUUUCUUAAAGAAGGACAUUGUGCUCAGAGGCCUAAUUAAAUUAAGUAAUAGCUUGAUAUAUAAGAACUAUAAUAAAAUAAUGUAACCAAAAAUGUUUUAGUGGUAACUAUUUUGAGCAUAGUCAAUUUUUAUAACUUUAUUACAGAUCUAUUAUUUUUUCAUACUGUGAUAUUUAUCCUUAGAGCUAGUAUAGACUUUGAUUAGCGAGUAGUUUAGUUUUAUUUAGUUAAAAAAAACUCUAUUUUUAUGUGAUUUAAGUGUUUAGUGAAGUAGUUACAGUUACAGCACAUUCUAUUUUGGCGACUCGCGUUAACAGUGAGCACGAAACAUUUUAUUCACUUGACUGUACACUUAUCACUAAACACUUAUCACCAAAUCUUACUAAUCAAAAUGUAUACCAGGGAGAUGACAAUGAAAUGUUUUACUUAAUUCUUUCUUUUUUAAUAAAAUCAUAUCACAGGUAAUCAGCCAUUUUAAGCAGUGUCUGAGAUGUGUGGAAGGUGUAUAUGAUCAAUUUCUGAUAGUUGUUCAAUAUUUUUACUUUGAGUUGUAACAUUAGUCGCAAUUUUGACUGUAUACGAUAGACGUAAGCAAAAUAUAACUAUGCUCAAAAUGAAUUAUUGUAUUUGCUAUCUUGUCACUUUGAUAAUCUUUUGUUGAAUUACGAAAUUUUUUAAUAAAAUUUUUACGU